AUGUCUGGCAGAGUCCUGCAGUUGUUGACAAAACGGUACAAAACACACAUUCCGGCGCUUCUCCGAGCUAGAACCCUUCCAGCUACUGAUUCGGAAAAGUUCAAAAUUCUAAGUGAGCUUGAUGCAGUUUUGCGAGAUGAAUAUGACAAUUCCACAUUCAAGCAAUUAGAAGUUCAUCACUUCCAAACUAUUGAUAGAGGAUUAAAUAAGCUACUGGAUAGUAAGCCUGUAUCAAUCAAACAGUUCACUGCACCAGAUAGUGUAGUUGAGCUAGCACAAGGCACUCAAAAGAGCUUGCAACAGAGGUGCCAAUCGGUAAGACAGUUAAGCGAGGAACAGGUUCAGCAGUUUGUCAAGUUAUGGCUCAGGAAACCAGGUAGAAAAGACAAGCGGUUGGCUUUUGCUGCCGUGUUCAAUAAGAAUUUGCGAAAUUCGUCUGCUAUAGAGGCACUGAUUUCGCAUAUCGCUCAAGCCCAAAGGGAGUGUAACAUAUGGAGAGGUCAGGACUACAACGACGUGGAAGUAUCCAUGUCAAUACGAUUGUACAAAUGUAGGCGACAACUCAAUAACGGUACAAAGGCUGAGUUGGCUGACAUUGAGCUAGCUCGUAUUUUUGAGACAAGAUGGCUGCCAUACAUGGAGCAAGGCACACUAUCAGAAUAUAGUAAACGCACCGCCAUGCGUACCUAUUUUGCAUUAGACAAGACAAAUCAAAACAGACGGAAAGAAAGACUUUCUAGAGUGGUAGAUCGCUUGACAGAGCACAACCGUUUCGAUGACAUAUUUGCCCUGUGGCAGGUUGUGCCAUUGGAUUUGGUCCCUGAACUUGUGACGCUGCUGGCUGGCGUCCACCAGCAUAAAAACUGUUACUCACCUUGGCAGGUAGCAAUACUGGAUGCCAUCACUCGACGUAGUAACGAUGAAAGAGCCCUUAACUCCCUACGAAGACGCACAGCAGAUCUUACUCAUCAAAUGCAUAAUCUGCAACCUAUAUAA